CCCCAGGAGGGGAUUGCGAGGGGCACAGUCCCCUGCACUAGACAAUAAAGUGACUGAGGGGUUCCACAUCAUAAUUUCAGUAAUUUAUUAUAACAAAUAUUAUAAAACUGAUGAAAUACAACAAGUGAAGUUUAUUAAAUCGAAAAGAGGAAAAUAUCAGCAUGAUGGUUGUGUCCAGUGAUUCAGACAAGCCUCAGCAUGACAGCAUGGGUAAUGCAUCAAAGGAGGAAAAAAAGACAAGUAAGAAAGUGCCUUCUUCAAAAAAACAGCAAAUGAACAAGGGACUCUAUAUGAAAAAGUUGAAAAAGAUGCUAGAAGCAGACGGAGCAACAGUUAAUCCAGAAGCAAAUAGUGAGAGUAAGGCCAGAAACAAUAAAAGUCCAUCAUUUGGAAAAGAAAGGAAUAAAAAAAUCCAGCAAACAUUAGAGGCAAAUAAAGGAAUUGGUAAUAAGAACAAAAGGGAAAAACCAUGGGGAAAAGAUUCAACCAAAGCAGAAAACAGAAAAAGGACAAAUGAGAACCAAACAGUGGAAAAUGAAAAUGAAGGGAGCAAGAAAUUUAAGCCAAUGGUAGAGACAGUUAAAAGAAGUAGUAAAAGCUGGAAAAAGAGGGUCGUUGAAGGAGAAGAAACACAUGUAAAGCCACACAAAAUACAAAGUGAGAAAGAGGAAUCACAGUUAAAAGGAGAUUCUGUGUUUGUUGGUAACAUAGAUUUGAAAGCAAAACGCAAAGGCAUACAGAAAUUUUUUCAGACAUAUGGUGAGGUUGAAGGUGUGCGUAUUUGCAGUCUUGAUCAGGCACACCCACAGGACAGAAAGAACAUAGCAUCUUUUAAGAAGAGUUUGAAGUUCCAGCAGGCUUCCCAGUGUGCCUAUGUGAGGUUUAAGAGUGCAGAAUCAGCAACAGCCGCAUUGGAGGCCAACAAUAAGAUAUUUCGGGGAUACAGCAUCGUAGUUUUUAGCUCUUGUGGAAAUCGUAGUGUCAGUGGCAGAGCCUCGGUAUUUGUGGGCAAUGUUCCAGUUGACACCAAUGAAGACGAGCUCGGGAAGAUAUUCCAAGAGUGUGGUGAGAUUGAAAGUGUGCGAAUAUUUCGAGAAAGCAACUCUGACACUGAGAGAGCAAUUGCCUAUAUUAACUUUGAGACUCCAAAGGCCAUUCCACAGGCUAUCAAGAAGAACAACACAAUGCUUAGGGGUCAGGGCUUAAGAGUACAACGUUAUUCAUUACGGGUUCAGAUGGAAAAAAAUCGUAAAAAGAUAAGUGCCAAUAAACAGAAGAGAGAAGAAAGGGCUUCAGUGACAAAACCCCGAACAAACAGGAAGAAUUUGGCUGGCAGAGAGCACAGGCAGAGGGAAGACUGGCAGCCAUCUAAUUAUGGGAACAGACCCUUCAAAGGAGGGAAGUUCAGGACAAUGGGAGGAGACAGAAAGAAUUUUGAGGAUGACACGCAGAUGCUGACAGAUGUAAAACCAAGAAAGCAUAUCAGAUUUGAUGAAGAGAAUAACACAUCAAGAGGCAACAUGAGACCACAGUCAGUAGAUUUUCAACCCAUGUCACAUGUAACAAAUAUGGAGAAACCAAAGCUUCAUUUAAAAUUUGAUGAUUAAUGAUACAUUUAUGUAUAGUACUUGUAGAAGUGGUAAAAGAAAUAUAUAAAGAUAAGCAUGUGAUUAUAAAGAGGAAGAAGAAAACAAUGAAAGUUUAAAUUUGUUAUACCAAUGAUAAAUACAUCAUCGUUUACAAUUUACAUGUAUAUUCUUUCUUGUUAUUACAUGAAGGCAAGGUUUAGUAAAUAAUAAAUAAUUAUUUUUA